UGGGGAAAGUUGCGCGGAAGGGGGGCCCGCGGAUUUGCAUUGCUAAAUAAUCUGUGCAGCGGGACGGGAAGGGACGGAGCGGAGGUUAGAAAACGAGAGGCGGUCGCGGUUUCCUCUGCAACACUUGGUUUCAUGUGCCGAAGCUCCAGCUCGACCAGGCAGCCGUUAAUGAAAACCUGGUGUCGGCUCUCGCGUAAAAAGGCGCAUAGUUCUGGGGGGUGGCGGCGAAGGGAUCUAAAUCUUUCCUUUUUUCAGGGAGCUCUGUAGAAACCGUAAAAACAUGCUUUUGGACAUACGUGGCUUCAGGUUUUGCUCUCCUGCGAGCUGUCUCUGAGAGGAUUUUAAACACUCGUGAUUCCCUUUUUGCAGGAUGUUGGCAGCUCUGGUAUUUAUUCUGCUUUGUGUCCAGCCUGGACAUGGACAGACCUGCACAGAAGGUUUUGCAUAUGACCGCAGGGCGAGACAGUGUAUAGAUGUGGAUGAAUGCCGUACCCUGCCAGAUGCGUGCCGAGGAGACAUGGGCUGCGUGAACCAGAACGGAGGUUACCUGUGCCUCCCCAGGAGCUUGUACAACCAGCCGUACAGGCCGGACACCCCCGCCCUGCCCAACCCGGUUUACCAGGACCCCUCGGCUGGGUUUCCAGACACCUUUCUGCCAGCUGUUCCAGGGGGCGGAGGUGGUCGAGGUGGAGUAGAGCCCAGCUACCCCAGAGUGAGGAGCACGGCGCAGUGCAUCCUGGGAUAUACUCUUGCAGAAGAUGGCACCUGUAAUGACAUUGAUGAAUGUGAGACCAACUCCCACCACUGUAACCCCACCCAGGUGUGCAUCAACACAUCAGGCGGCUACACCUGCUCCUGCACUGAAGGCUACUGGCUCAUCGGUGGACAGUGUCAGGAUAUUGAUGAAUGUCGCUACGGUUACUGCCAGCAGCUUUGUGCCAACGCUCCCGGAUCUUAUUCCUGCUCCUGUAAUCCUGGAUUCAUCCUCAACCCAGACAGCAGGACGUGUCAAGAUGUGGACGAGUGUGAAGAUGAACCCUGCAGUCACGGCUGCUUCAACACCUACGGAUCCUUCAUGUGCAACUGUGAUGAAGGCUUCGAGUUGGCGGCCGAUGGUACCACAUGUAUCGACUUGGAUGAGUGCAGUUUCUCUGAGUUUCUGUGUCAGCACAGAUGUGUGAACACGCCGGGUUCUUUCUCCUGCAUCUGUCCGCCUGGAUAUUAUGUGUUUGAGGACGGCAGGAGCUGUGAAGAUUUCAAUGAAUGUGACACUGGUAACAACACCUGUACAACAGCACAAGUAUGUUUCAAUUUCCAGGGAGGCUAUACAUGCCUGGAUCCUUUACAGUGUCGCCCUCCUUACGUCGAAGUUAGUGACAAUCAGUGCAUGUGUUCAGCAGAGAACCCUGCCUGCAGGGACAAAGCCUUCACCAUUCUGUACCGACACAUGGACUUGUCGUCGGGGCGCAGUGUGCCUGCAGAUAUCUUCCAGAUGCAGGCCACCACGCGCUACCCCGGCGCCUUCUACAUCUUCCAGAUAAAGUCGGGCAACGAUGGACGAGAGUUUUACAUGAGGCAAACCAGCAACGUGAGCGCCACGCUGGUGCUGUCGCGGCCCAUCAAAGGCCCGAAGCAGGUGGUCCUGGACCUGGAGAUGGUCACGGUGAACAACGUCAUCAACUUCAGAGGCAGCUCCAUCAUCCGGCUGACGAUAUUCGUGUCCGAGCAUCCGUUCUGAGCAACACGAACUUCAGAAAAUCCUGCAGCUGAUGUAAUGGUUUGUCUGAGACGGCUCAUCCCCUUUAUUUCUAUCAUUAUGUCAUCCUCCUUAAAGACCCGUACGAUCAGGACUCUGGCCGGGAUGGGAAGACGCUCCUCUGCCUGAAUCCCCGCCCCGGUUUAAUGGACACUGAGCUUUUAGUGGCUGGACGCUGAAGGAUGUUUGUGGUGUACAAUUUCUGACAUCCUCUAUCCAGACCUGAAGUUUAUAUCGGCGUGUAUUUUCUCUGUGAAUCUUCAUCCCUUCACAUGAAGCUGUGACUUGGAUGCUGCCAUCUGAGGAGAGCCGGUUGUGUAGUUGUGUCAGUGUCUGAGAUGAUGUAACGAAGCAGUCAUUAACUGAAUUAUUGAUCACAGUUUCUUUUAGACCAAUAAACGUCUUCACACCACACUGCUGUCCCUGGCAUGAGGCGGCCGCUCCACUCCUGACGGUAGCAGAUUUUGGGCUUUAUCAUGUCAUAUUUUACACUUUUUGGCUGAAUUUUGGGUGCACAAUGUCAACUUUUAUUAUAAUGAAACACUUUUGAGCACAUCUGGGAGCAACGUGGUAAACUUGGGGGUUUUAGGAGCACAGUUUUGUAGUUCUAGAUUGUUUUUUGUCAAGUGGGGAGCACAAAGAAAUCUGGAAAAUGCACAUAAAUUAACAUCUUUUGUACCGAAGCCAGAAACGUUCACACAACGCUGAUUGUCUAAAUAAUUUACUGUUAUUUUACAGAUUUUCCCUGCUUUAUGAAAUUGCAUAUAUCUAGUAAAAAUAGUAAAAUGAUUAAAAGUAAUAGGUUAGUAUAAAAGAAAUUAAUUAAUAAAGGUAUUAAUUUACA